UGUCGGCACCGAAUCCAAAUCAUAGUUGACGCAACUCGCCUGAGGAUGUUUAGAUAUUGAUGUUGCAUUUGAAUCCCGCCCGCGCAGGCCUUAGCACGCGCUGAUCGAGCCCUCUGCGUUAAUUCCUAGCUGCCUUGGAAUUGACGACAUUUUGUCGCGAUAGAGUGGGACGAUUGCUCUGCAUGGUCCAUUGGAAAAUCUAGUAUCGAUCUCGAUGUUGGGUAAUUGGUUUGGCCGCUUCUGCGGCGCUGCGAUCGUGCUGGCACUGCUGUUGUUUUCCACGCCUUGUAGUUGCAGUCGAGGUUUGGAGGGUCCAGGAAGCGUCACCGUGCCGAGAGGGAGAUUCGGACCCGAUCGACGUGAAGAACGCCGCUUACUCAUGGACUCCUCCACAGCCCCUGGCCUUUGCGAAAGUAUUAUCAAAGCGGCGGGUUAUCCUUGUGAAGAGAUCACGGUUCCCACAUCAGAUGGAUUCUUGUUGGGGUUGCAGCACAUUCCACACGGGGUCGUGGGUUCCAGUUCUACCCAUAAGAAACUACCUGUGUUUCUUCAGCACGGCUUAACACAGGUGCAAUUACUUCGAAAAAGGCGAAGUUAUCAGGGGGGGGAUAUCUGGGCGUUGAAUCCCCCGAAGGAAUCGUUGGCAUAUAUUCUGGCCGAUGAAGGUUUCGAUGUCUGGAUUGGUAACUUGCGUGGGGGGCGCUUUAGUUAUGGCCACAAAAACCUCUCACCAACAGAUUCGAGGUUUUGGGACUGGUCAGUUGACGAGCUUGCGGAUACCGACUUGCCAGCCUUGGUCGGCUAUGUUACCAGUGCCACUCAAUCUCAAUUGUAUUAUGUGGGUCACUCUCAGGGAACGAUCUUGGCGCUUGCUGCAAUGUCGGACGACAAUUCAGCAGUGACGAAUAUGCUGAAGGCUGGUGUACUAUUUGCCCCAAUUGCAUACAUGCAACACAUGAGAUCACCAUUGCUUACUCUUAGUGCAGAUCUCAUGUUGGAUAAGAUUGUGGGGCUGUUUGGAACAAGGGAGUUCAAUCUUAACAAUGAGGUAGGAUCCUGGCUGGUUAACAACGAUCCAAAUAUGAUUUGCGACAAUCUUUUGCUAGAUUUUUCAGGUCCCAGUUGCUGCAUCAACACCUCCCGAGUCCCCUACUAUUUGCAAUGGGAACCUCAAUCCACAUCCACGAAGAAUUUGCAGCAUCUUGCUGAGAUGAUGCGAAGUGGCCGGUUUGAGAAAUUUGACCACGGAUUGUUCGGGAAUGCUGCUCAUUACACGCGCUUGAGCCCACCGCAGUACAAGUUAGCCGACAUUCCGCGCACCAUGAGCCUACUGAUGGUGUCAGGCGGACAAGAUGCCCUUGCGGAUCCCAUCGAUGUGAAGAGGUUGGCAGGAGAGCUGCGGUGCCGGGUUUCCUCCCAUUACCUUUCCAACUACGGCCAUUCCGAUUUUGUGCUGGGAACCCAGGCUCAAGUAGACGUCUACCCUCAAGUGAUCAACUAUCUCCAAACUCUGGAGCAUUAGUGGUUUAUGUUAGCAGUGCGCUUUUGAGAUCUUUCAAGAAAUUUGUGUCGAAUCAAAAUUUAGUAGUUGCAUCACAGAGAUUUCAAGGAAAAUUUUGGAAAUGAUUUUAUUGUUUAACCAUAUUUCCAUUUGGAGAAUAUAGGAACGUGUAUUUCAUUGACUGUAAAUAAAAUAAAGUUCUUCGUCUUUAUA